UCAAAUACAGUUCGAGAGAAGUCCUGUGAGUAGUUAGACGUGAAAUAUUGAACACGUUUCAAUAUGGGCGAUUCCUGCCGCGAUAACCAAUAUAUGUGGUAGCGUCAUAAGUUUUUGUGCUUUCGGCAAAAUUUUCGAAUAAUUCGCGGUUGCUUAAGUAGAAACUAAUAGUGAUGAUUCGAUGGUGAUAAAGUGUUAAAACUUCUUGGAACUUGGUGGUGAACUUCAGAUCCUGCGACGGUGCAUGGGUGAAAGCACAAAGAUGUUGCCCACUGGGUCAGUCAUGCAAUGCAAUCAUUAUUAAAUUUUCACGAGAAACCCUGAGCUACGUAGAAAAUUGACAGGACUAUGACUAAUACUGCAGACCGCCUUUCAAUAGGUGGACUGGACACCAACCCCCUGCCCUUGCACGCAGUUUAAUUGAUCCAAUAAACGAAAAUUAGGUAUUUUCCUGUCCUGUGCAUUUGGUUGAGAAAUCACCGGGAGUAAAUAAACGUCACCUCCAAGGAUAACGCUCGCCCGACCGGCUGGAAAAAGUGUAAACAAGUGUAAAUAUGGAAAUUCCUUUUCAAUGUGUUAUUAUGUGCAGAACAAUUUUGACUGACGUGCGGCAGUAAUUAUUGUGCUUUCCAACAAAUUGCAAUGCCACCGAAACGACGGAGAAAGUUCCACGGAUUGUAUUACCAUUCGUCACCUCCCAAAGUUUUACCAAUGAACGGUAACAGCAACUCAUCAAAAACUAGUGGGCGUGAUGAUAGCAAGGAAGCGUUUGUUGUGAAGCCUUCAAGCAUCAGAAUUUGGAUUCAUGACAAGGACGUGGGUAAAUUGACACGAGUUCUCUGGGCUGGACAGGGAAAUCGAUUACGUACAGAAACCAGCACAAAUCCAAGAGUGAGGAAGUUUCUGGAGACGGUGCCUUAUGUUUUGAAUACUAUCAAGGACGUUCACCAAGCUGUUGUAGAUAAUAAUUUAGAUGUAUUGAAAUCGAAAACGGAACCACCCGUCCCGCCCAGUUUGAUAACUACAAAAGACUCCAAUGGACUGACAGUGAUGCAUAAGGCCGCUGGUCUAGCGCACACAAGAAUUGUUGAAUAUUUGCUCAAAGUUUGGCCUGGAGGUGCCACUGAUAUUGAUGCUACCGGAAAAACUCCAUUACAUUGGGCCGCCAGCGCAAAGAAUAAUACCAGAUGUUAUAAUUUACUUGUGCAGGCCGGGGCCGAUGAAGAAGCUCUGGAUUAUCGAAUGAAAAAUGCAGCCUACUAUAAACAUAAACCUCAUGAUAUAGACCGUUCAUUACUCACAAUUGUUCCGGAAGCUCCACGUGUCCCACAAGAAAACCACCCAGACUGGUCGGCAUUAGUUGAUGAGGUGGGAAAACUGACUAGCUCCCAGACAGAUUUAUCAACGGAAAAUGACAACAAUAACAAAGAAGAGGAAAACGAACCAAGCAUCAAUUUGCUCACAAGUCGAUCGAAAGUUAACACUACUGAGGAUACCCCAGAAGUAGACGACAUUGAAAAUGGAAAUAGUAAGCUUACCAUAGAAGAGCAGGCCGUCAUGGACGCAAUUGAAGAUGAGAAGAUCUACGAAAAACAACUAAGUGAAAAAGAAGCAAAUCAUGAAGAUACUGAAGAUCUUGACGUCGAUGAUACAAAUGGUAGCCCCGAGGUAACCCCAAGAAACACUCCAUCUCCUAUCCCAAAGGACGACAAUUUCGACGAUGAUACGGACAGGAAAGCUAAUGAUGAACCUGAAGUGAAUGGCAACGACCAGAAUAAUGAUGAUGACAAUUUAAAUGCAAAUCAGGAUGAUCAAGGUGCAAACGACAACCAAACCACAAAUGAUCAAAAGGAUACUACGUCCAGCCAUACUGAGGACGAUCCUCCUAAGUCAACAUCAGGAACGAGCGAGGACUCGCCAGAGGUGACAUCGGAAGCGAUUGAUAGUAAGAAGGAAGAAAAGGAGGACUGUCAAGCUGGAUUCACUGAAGAGAACCAUGAAACUAUGCCCGCAGAAGAAGAGAAGGAAGGGACUCCUAAAAAGGUGCCUGUGGCCGGUCAAGAAAGCCGUGAAGCUACACCCCAAGAAAAAUGUGAUGAAGGCAGUCCUGAAAAAGGACCUAGCUGCAAUGGAAAUGUAACUGACGAAAAUGAAAAGACUGAAAAUAAUACUGAAGAAACUAGGGAAAGCGGCGAUAACAAUAAGGACGACGAACUUAAAGCAACUAAUGGCAACGAAACUGAUAACCCCAAAGCCGAUGAUGAUAAAGUCCCCGAAGGAAGCGACAAUGAAAAUAAACUAUCUGAAGUGGAAGACCAGGAAACCGCAACAAAUCCAGAUGAAGCUAAUCCUGAUGAAGACGUCGACGUAAAGGUUGCUUCCGAGAACGAGAAAAACACAAGGAAAACAGAAUCAGCAAAGUCAAACACAUCAAAAGAGGAAAAUGUUAGCCAAACUGAAUCAACAAAAUCUAACAUUCUAAACGAGGAAAAUAUCAGGAAAACAGAAUCAGCAAAAUCAACCACUUCAAACGAGGGAAGCCCUACUAAGCCUAUAUCGGCUAAAUCAACCACUUCAAACGAGGGAAGCCCUACUAAGCCCAUAUCGGCUAAAUCAACUACUUCAAACGGAAAUCUAACAAAUGGUAUCGACAAAAACGAGGAGAUUCACAAGCAGCAAGAAACUGAUCAAAAUGAAGCGCCAAGAGUCAAGACUCCCAGCCACAAAAACGCUGAUAUUGAAAAUAAUGAUGGACAGAAAUACGACGAAGACGACGACGAUCAGGAAGUCAUCAGAAGCAAUGGAAGCAUUGAUGAGAAUCAUAAUGCCAUCAAAUCAAAUGGACAGAAAAGUGCAACACCAGUGUCUCCUGCUCUCGAAUAUGAGGGGGUUGUGCAGGGUGAAGCCGAUGAUAAUCAGGUUCAGUCACAAAGCGGAGGAUAUUUUGCAAAUGAAGGCGACCGAAUUCAAUCCGUUAUUGAUUCAGGUGACAUGGAGCAACUUGCGGCAUUAGUCCUGAAUGGGGAAGGCAAGAAACUGCUAGGAACACGUUCGACACAGCCUGAAAUUCAAGCGUUUUUAGACAACGUGCCGUCUUAUAUGAAUAAAAUAAGAAGAGUUCACCAGGCCGCUAGGAAUGGAAAUAUACGAGACCUACAGGCUGCUUUGGACAGGCGGAAAUUCGCUAUAGCCAAAGAUGAAAUUUCACCGGACGGGGCGACACCAUUACAUGUGGCCACAGUAUUUGGACAUGCAGGAAUAAUUCGAUAUUUAGGAGGUAGAUUCCCAGAAACAACGAGUGCUGUAGAUGACAACGGACGAACUGCUCUUCAUUACGCGGCAACCAUCAACGACAACGGACAUUUCUACAAUCUCCUAGUCAAUCUGGGCUCAAAUCCGAAGUCACUGGACAAAAUGGGAGAGAGCGCUGAGUACUACAAGGACAACAGGCAGGAAUCGAUGAAAGUUUUCAGUUAUCAGAAGCUAUUGAAAGCAUUCGGAGCCGAUGAGAACUUGGAGGACGAGAUGUUGAGCGAUCAAGUACCGGACGACUUGCACAGUGCUCGACGACCUGUGGAUGAUGCAGAUGUCCUGUCAACACUUGAACGUUGCUUCCGUCUUCUUCACGAGCCAAACCGUCAGGCGGAUCCACUGGGAUCAGCCACGCCAAGUAGUGCUUCAUCACUUCGCUUAACCGUAACCACGUAUCUAGCACGAUUCCUGAAACGCAGCAUCUUUGAUAAAAUCAAACAUCGACAAACUAGACUGGAUCAUAAUUUAUUCGAUGUAAUCUGGCCGGCCAUGAAAAAAUCAAGUAAAGAAAGGAGAAUAGACGAGGAUCUAAAUGCAGGUGUGGUUGCUCCUGAUUUUGAUGUCUACGUCGUAUUCCAAGAAUUUCUCGUGCCACUUAUAAAGGAUAUACAUUGCAUGCCACAAAGCCAAGACUUCAAACCACAUCCAGGAAUAUUUUACUUUCCUGUUAUAGACGGAAAGAUUGAUAGUAGUAUACGACUCAGCGUUGACGAAUCACGAAAGUAUAUAGUGGACGGGUUCGUUGAAUGCUCCAGGAACCUCGAUGAUUUUGAACUACCACUGAACUUGAAUAUCGGACAAAUCGAACAAGCGGAACGUGUAAUCCUCGAAAAGAUACUAAGUUCGGAUUUUGCAGAUGCCAUCAGUGAAGAAGAACCCGGUACUUACUACACCAUGAACGAAGUCCUCGAGAAUCCUUCGGAAAUCCGAACUGUCCUUGCUACUUCCAAACUUCUUAUUGCACUUCUGGAUACUUCAGACCCAAAACAAGAGGCUGAGUCUCUCGCCAUAAAUGGACAAUACUGGCCCUAUGGACGAGGAGUUUUCCUCAGCAGUGCUGGUGACCUAGCUGCCUGGAUCAACGUUCAAGAGCACUUACGGAUAAUUGUCAGCACCCCAUCAGAUGCACCAGCAGACGUUGGCUACGCAUACUCUAAAGUUGGACGAGCUAUGAUGUAUCUCGAAAGCAAAUUACAUUUCCGAGAAAGCUACUUGCUAGGCUAUCUUUCCUCGAGGCCGUCUUAUCUAGGGACUGCUCUUAAAAUUUCCCUGACUAUGGAUCUCCCGAAUCUUGUGAAGGAACUUGAUAAUCUCCGGCACCUAUGUGUUGUCCGUGGUUUGAACAUUAUCCCGAAUCAGAAAGAUGGCAUAGUCCGUGUAGUAAAUAUGCAAAGUCUUGGCGUGACAGAGUGGCGACUGUUUCAAGAUUAUUGUACGGCCGUCACCAAUAUCCUGCAACUGGAAAAGGACAUGGCUUUGACAAACUCAAAGCAAAUAGCAGCAAUGCUUGUGAAAAUAUUUAGGCGCAAGAAGAACAGCCUCGUAGACAGCUAAGAUGGAAUCAGGAUCGAACUCAAUUCUCGCCACAAAACUCACUUUGUAAAUAUAUUAACACAGUAAGGGAAUAUUGCUCCUUUCUUCUCUAACACACAUCUAGUACUCAUCUACAUAUUAUUGUAUAAAGUCAGCCAAAUCGCGUCACCUGUGUAAAUAAAAAUCAUCACAAAACCAACUUUACUCCCCCGACGACAUUGCAUCAAAUAUUGG